GAAGUUUUUGGUCUGUGACGCGGGCUGUGUCAUGUGCAUUGUUUGUGCAUUGUUUACUGCUGAGCGAAAACUGAAACGCCCUGAUAAACAGGUUUCACUUGUUUGUUCUAUGGCCUGACUUUGUUGGACGUUGACUUGCAUUAAACGUUGCUGAAAAUUCGUACCAGCAACAAUAUUGGUCAUUCUACACUGAUAUCAAUUAAAUUAUGGCUGAAAAGUAUUUGCAUUUAGAUAAUAUGACUCCUGCUGCCUGCAUAAGCCCAGUGGAGCUAGCUGUGCAAAAUCAGGAAUUUCUUAUUUAUAACCCAUCAGGAUCUACAUAUUUAUCAGUUUCUCUGAGCUCACCCAAAUUGAAAGAGCAGGAAAGUUGUUUUGUGGAAACAAGUGAUGAUAUCAGAGGCCUUCAAAAGUGUUUCAAACUUAAGGAUUGUGGUGAUGGAUCCUAUAACAUUUUAACAAUAAAUGAAAAUGGGGAUGAAAAUGGUUUUUUAUACCUUUCAGAAAGUGUCCAGUCAGGUAUUUUCCACCACAGUAAUAAUGUCCUCAAAAGCACUGAAAUUGUUGAUGGAAAAGAAAACCUUUACACAUUUGAGAUAAGUGAAAGUCAGUCUCAAAUGGGACUUUUCAGUAUAAAAUGCUGUGGAAAGAUGUUGUAUGCAGAAAAAGGUGCACGUAAAUAUUUGCUUGCAGAAAAGCCUGAUGCUGACAUUCCCAAGGAGGCUUGGUUUCAGUUCAACUUGAAAACUCGUAUUGUCCAUAGAGAGUCAGAUGGUGAUGGGCAGCAAUUUUUCUCAUCUAAAGAGGAAAAGUCAGAUGUUGUUACUUACAAAAACAAUGAUCCACAGAUUUCAAAUGUCAGACUCAGUCUAAGGGAUAAAAAAUUUUUCAUUGCGAAAGGAAGUGAAGAAGAUGCUAAUCAUGGUGACAAUUGUUUCCCCAGCAAUCCAAUUGCUGUGGAACCAUCUGACAAAGUUUCCAUACAGUUAUCUUUAUUAUUCACCACCUACAUGAAACUGAACAAGAUGAAGAUUACAACUGAAGAUGGCAGAAUUUUUUCAGCACUCACAGAGCAAACUUGUUUCCAUAAAAGCCUUGAAUUGAAAUUAUUAAACUAGCAAUUCUUUAAGAACUUUUUUUGCUUUCAUGUAAUUGUAUCUGCUUGUGAGCCAUUUUUAUGCACACCCUAUCAAUGUAAUAAUGCAUUUUGGUUAACAUCAAAAUCAAUUAAAAAAUUAUAUAUCUUAGAAA